AGUCAAAAGGUGUGUGCUUCUCAUGCAUCACCUGCUCAAUUUAUCCAGUAAACUACGAUCAAGUCAAGAAAUGCUAGUAUAUACUGCACAAGCAAGAAGCAACUCGAUCCCUUCCCUUGUCCCAGGUGGCCAGAGGAGGCAAGCAGACAUGAGCGCUGCUACUCUCCCGCCCGGCCAGGAGCCGCACGCAGUGUGCGUGCCGUUCCCGGCGCAGGGCCACAUCACGCCGAUGCUGAAGCUGGCAAAGAUCCUCCACGCCAGGGGCUUCCGCGUCACCUUCGUCAACACCGAGUACAACCACCGCCGCCUCGUUCGCGCCCGCGGCGCCGCCGCCGUCGCGGGCCUCACGGGGUUCCGCUUCGCCACCAUCCCGGACGGCCUGCCGGAGUCGGACGCCGACGCCACGCAGGACCCGGCGACCAUCAGCUACGCCACCAAGCACAACUGCCCGCCUCACUUGAGAAACCUGCUCGCCGGGCUGGACGGCGUGACGUGCGUCGUGGCGGACAACCUGAUGAGCUUCAGCUUGGACGCCGCGAGGGAGGCGGGCGUGCCGUGCGCGCUCUUCUGGACGGCCAGCGCCUGCGGCUACAUGGGCUACCGCAACUUCCGCCUCCUCAUCGACAGGGGCAUCAUCCCCCUCAAAGACGAAGAGCAGCUGACGAACGGGUUCAUGGACACGCCGGUGGACUGGGCGCCCGGCAUGAGCAAGCACAUGAGGCUCAAGGACUUCCCGACCUUCCUCCGCACCACGGACCCCAACGACGUCCUGAUGACCUUCCAGCUACAAGAGGUGGAGCGCUCGGAGUACGCGUCCGCCGUCAUCGUCAACAGCUUCGACGAGCUGGAGCGGCCGGCGCUCGACGCCAUGCGCGCCACCAUCCCGGCCGUAUACACCAUCGGCCCGCUCGCUUCCGUCACGGAGCAGGUCGUCCCAAGGGGCCCCCUCAACGCGGUGAGCUGCAGCCUGUGGCAGGAGGACCAGUCCUGCCUCGCGUGGCUGGAUGCCAGGAAGCCCCAGCCGUGGUCGGUGGUCUACGUGAACUUCGGGAGCGUGACUGUCAUGAGCGGGCAGGAGUUGGCGGAGUUCGCGUGGGGGCUGGCGAGCAGCGGCCACGACUUCCUGUGGGUCGUCAGGCCGGACGUCGUGAAGGGCGACACGUCCUCGGCCGCGGCGCUGCCCCCUGGGUUCCUGGAGGCGACCAAGGGCAGGGGCCUCGUGGCGAGCUGGUGCGACCAGGAGGCCGUGCUGCGGCACGAGGCGGUGGGCCUGUUCCUCACGCACAGCGGGUGGAACUCGACGCAGGAGAGUCUCAGCUCCGGGGUGCCGAUGCUGUCCUGGCCCUUCUUCGCGGAGCAGCAGACCAACUGCCGGUACAAGUGCGUCGAGUGGGGCGUGGCGAUGGAGGUCGGCGACGACGUGCGGCGGGAGGCCGUGGAGGCGACCAUACGGGAGGCGAUGGGUGGGGACAAGGGGAAGGAGAUGGCGCGCAGGGCGGCGGAGUGGAAAGAGGUCGCCGCGGGGGCGGCGGCGAGGUCGAUCGCGAACCUCGACACGCUGAUCAACGAUGUGCUGCUCUCUCCGGCACGAUUGGGCGGCUCACUCAAAACGACUUGAAUAAUGGAUGGCCCCGAUCAAAUCUUGGCGAUGCGGUGCCAUGGAUGAGCGAUGACGACUAUCGAGAGUCUGAAAUGGUUGUCUUUCUUUUCCAGCCCCCAUCGUGACUUUUGUGA